CAUAUCGUGUGUUGCACAGAAAAAAAUAAAGAGCAGUUUUACUUAUUAAAACCCAUUAAACAACCCUGGGGAGGUGGAUGUCUGAGCUUAUUGGUCAGCCUAGAGGGCAGGACAGCGGUGGAUAUAAAGCUGGCUUUAGUUUAGUUCGAGCAUAACCGCGGUCCAGGUUCCUCACUCAUCCGUGCAGCUGUCUAAUCGAAACACCGUCUCAGGACCAUGGAGAGCUCAGGGAUUGUGAUCGGAGUGUUGCUCAUCACUUUGUUUUUCAUCACGUGCGAAGGACAACGUUUACCCGAGACGUCUGCAGAGGACUUACAGAACUCGCAGGUGAACCCUGACAUGGAUAUGGUUGAAGUGAUGGAGGAACUUCUGUCUAGGCUUCAGAACAGAUUUCCAUCCACAGAGAAACGCGCCAUUCCAACGUGUGCAGUCGGCUCCCGCUGUGCGAUGAGGUUUGGUCCUCGCUUUGGGCAGCUGUGUGAAUGUAGCCGAGGCUCCUACUGCAACUCGUACCUGCUCAAGUGCAUCUAAAAGAGAAAAAAACACAUUAAAGAAGAGCUGGUGUGAUCUCUUGAUUCCAUGUUUUCACAUAAAUGAGGCACAAAAAUGCUGGAAAUAAAGUCAAUUCGAGUUGAUAAGUAAAGAUUGAGUUAGCAUGAAAACUGUAUCCCUUGAUAACAUUGUGUUCAUAUUUUUUUGUUUCGUGACGUAUGAUCUUUCGUGAGGAAAUGAGAAAUCAUAAAACUUAAAAAUGCAAAUAUCCUCAUGCAUUAAUUAUCCCUAAGAGCCUGUUGUAUAGCUUUUGGUCCCAAAUUACACAGUGUUAAUUAAUGACAAGCCUGGAAUGUCUUCAAGAGUGUGGAUUACAUGGAUGGUGAAACAUUUCACUGUUUGCAGUUGUGUUGUUUUUGUUAUUAUAGUAAAAUAGUGGUCAGUUCACACUGUAGCAUGCGCUGAACCAUGCCAUAUAUUAUUAUUACAUGCACAAUAAACUUAUUUGAAUUCCCUUAUUAAUGUUUAA